ACCUACGGCUCUUCAUCCAUGGAUGUUGGUUUCUCAAACACCUGACAGGAGCCAUGCCGGUGAAGGUUAUAACCUUAACGGGAGCACCCCGUCCCAGUGCGCUAAAAUGGGAUGUUUCAGAGCUACUGAACGAGUGCUGGUUUUGCCUCCUUGGUUCUGGUGAUGGACGCGGUACCACAGAAGCGGGCCCGGUGCGUUGGCGGCGCAUUGAGCAAGGCAAGCGUCAUUAUGGCUUCCCAGGAGAACAUGACGAAGUUGAUGAGAACCAGGAUGAUGAGAAUAUUGACUAUGAAGGCACGGAGUUCUUCGCGCAGGGUGGUGCAAUUGAGAGACAUACUGGAUUACAGGCGACACUAGAUAUUGAGGUGGAGGCUGGGUCAGAAUUCUACGAUCAUUCCUUUGCAGUGCAUGAAGGGGGCGGAGACUCUAUUUUGCUGAGCGGGAUGGAUUCGUUUUCCACAGAAUCCAACUUCGAGACUACCGUGGACGAUAUCAGUAUACAUCCCCUGCCGCCCCCUAUACGUGGACAUUUGAGUGAUCUAAGAGAUAUCCCCAGCGCGGCGUAUCUCCAUUCGAUCUCCCCUCGGAUGAUCCCUAUCAAUCUGAUCGUGGCAAUAAUCACGAUAUACCCGCGCAAACGUGUGCGAACUCGUUGGGGAGACGAGACCGAUGUUGUCGAGUUAGUGGUGGGCGAUGAAACAAGGUCAGGAUUCCAGAUCACUUGCUGGUUGUCCCUAAAGGGAGGCGAGUCGGGGGAUGGUGCGAAGCAAGGCCUUGAUGGGUCGAUACGCGGGUUACGCCCGCGAGAUAUCGUUCUAUUCCGGUCUGUGGCACUCAAUAGCUUUCGGGGUAAAGUAUAUGGUCAGAGCUUGAAGGAUAACAUGACGAAAGUUGAUCUUCUACAUCGCGCGCCGAUUGACCCUAGUGAUGAACAGGGCCUGUUUACCGCCCAGGCCCUUGCCGAUCGAACGAGCGAUUCUCACCCGCAGUUAGUGAAGGUCGACCAGUCGUCAAUUCGACCUGGGGUGCCAGGGGAUGAACCGUGUCUCCCACCGGAUACCCAAUAAGCCAUAACU